GCAACAAUGAAAAAUCAAGAAGAAGAGGUAAACACCUUACCCUUAGAGAUUGAAGGACAACUUGGAGAAGUAGAAAUUAUGCCUGCAGAAACUAAACAAGAGGAUGUCCCUAAGGAGGAAGAGGAAAAAGCUUAGCCGAACACCACCAGCCUUCACCACCGCCUACUCCUCUUGGAAACUUGGAAUUUCGGAUCUGCCGUCUUCUCUCUUCCCUGCCGCCGGCCAUAGCUGGGUUGGCCCUGUGGAAGUCCUCCAAUUUUCCGGCCAGCUCUUCCCUUACCGCCAGCUCCAGCUUUGCUUGUUGAGCAUUUCUGAUACAUAGAUAAAUACCCAAUCCCGGUUAAUGCUUAAUUUCCGGAUAGAAAAGCAGAAAUGAAAAUAAAUAAAGGAAUGAGAUUUUCUUUAUAGAUAUUAACUCGAGAAUAUUGUGAUUAGGUCCUUGAUUGCCCUGUGAUCCUAGCACUUGGAUUAGGCCUUCGGUCUCGUGUAAUUAAGGUAAGUAAAUUAU